CAGCCCCCAAUAUAUUUACGUCAUUUGUUGACUUGAUACAGACUCUCACCAGUUGUCGGUCAGGGGUAACGUCAGUUGUGACAUCAAUCGAGAACAUGCUCGAACCAUUAUAAACAUCUGACACAACUCCAUAUCCUUAUUAAUACCAACCAUGGACGGCAGGACCAACGUCUCGAUUCUUUGUAAAAAGGAAAAACAAUUAAGGGCUUCCCAAUAAUGACUCCCUUAGGAUACUCCGACGGUAACGUGCAAAAUGCUAACCCGGUUUCUAGAGCAGAAUUCCCUUACCUACAAGGCGACGAGAAUAGCUGUAACAGAUCCUCCGCCCAUAAUGUCAAACCAAGCGCUACUGUAUCGAAGAAGCGUAAGUCGGAUGCGGUAGAAGACCGUCAAAAUAUAUCUGAAGUGGACGAUAAUGAUCCCCGCCUUUAUGAAAUAGACGAGACGUGCAACGAGAUCCGCCGGAAGAUCAAGGACUUCAUUCAAGGUGGAAAUAUGAAAGUUGGAGACUUCCAGAAAGCCAUAGGGGUAUCUUCGGGUGCAUAUCAGCGGUUUAUGAAUCAGAGCGGAACCUACAAAGGCAAGGACUGCGACACAUACCCUAAAGCCUUUACGUUCUUCAAGAAGCGCGAACUGCAAGGUCUCAAAGCAGUUCCGCCUAAGAGACCUAAGAGACCUAGGAAGAGCGAGAGUGAAGCUCUUGAUGUCAGCGAUAUAAAGCUUUACGGCGAGGAUACGCAAAGCGUACCAGUGUAUGAUACAUGCGACGAGGUCCGCAAGAAGAUCCGGGCUUUUCUACGGAAGCCUGACAUCAGCCAGAGCGCCUUCUGCCGUGCUAUAGCGAAGAGCUUCCCUGAAGAAAAACGGAUUCAAUCCAGGCAGCUUAACUGUUUCCUAGAUAAGAAGGGACCUAUGUCUGGGAAUACUAGUUCUGUGUUUUACGGCGCUUAUGUGUUCUUCGAAAAGCUACGCAUCAAAGAGGGUAGGCCCAAGUCAGAGAUGAGGCAGGAGAUGGAGAAAGUCCACCCCAGCGGAGUGAAUACCACCGAUCUUCAGCUAUGGUGGACAUGUAGGAAUGAUGAGCGUCCAGUUUACGAUGCCUACGGACGUAUCCACUUCGUCAACCACCGAUCCUCGUUUACCCCUUUCCGUUCCUAAUGUAUACAAUAUGAUCAAGAAUUAAGGGUACAAUUGCUAGCUAUAAGAGCGAAUAACUAUCUAAAGUACUUACCUAUAUGUGUUUGUCAACCUAGCAGAAAUAGAAGGUUAAUACGUCGCAACUCGGUUUUAGUGGUCAAGUCGAUCAGCACGUAUCUGUUGAGGCCUAAUAUCUUUAGGUGCUGCCUUAGGUAACAGGGUAUUUAAAUUCUUUUGAAGAAGGGUUACUUUCUACCUAGGUACCUACUUAGAAAC